CCCCAUAGCGCGCAGCAUGAACGCUCCGCGGCAAAAGGAUGUGUGAGCAAGCAGCGCGCUACUGCAGGGACGGCGUCCACAAACUGCUCCACAAAGAACAACCCAAACUCCGGUCACAGGACAGCAAAGACCAGCCCAAACCCGGGGCUCAGGACAGCGAGACAGCGACGGCUGCACAGUCCGGAAACAGCGGAACCCAGCCCGGUGGAAUAGACGGGCUUGUCCGCUGGAUAGUCACCAAGAUGAGCGACAAUAAAAGCAUCUCAACUCGGGAAUAUGUGAAGGAGGAGGCGGCGGUUGCCCAAGAGCAGUUCUUCGCACCAGAGCCGCGAAAAGGCAUUUCUGUCAUACUGGACAUAUUCCGGAGAGCUGAUAAGGAUGAUGAUGGAAAGCUCUCGCUGGAUGAGUUCCAGGCCUUCUUCUCUGAUGGGACCCUGAAUGAGGAGGAGCUAGAGAAGCUCUUCCACACGAUUGACUCCGAUAACACCAGUAAUGUUGACACUAAGGAACUAUGUGAUUACUUUGCCAAACACAUGGGGGAAUAUGAAGGGGUUCUGGCAUCACUGGAGACACUCAACCUUUCCAUCCUCAAAGCCAUGGACUUCACCAAGAAGGUGUAUGAAAGAGGAACUAAUAUUGAGCAAUUUGUGACUCGCUUCCUGCUGAAAGAAUCAGCCAAUCAAAUUCAAUCCUUACUGAACUCUGUGGAGAGUGCAGUGGAUGCUAUUGAUGAGCAGCACUGCCCUGUAGGAUCGUAUCCCAGUAAGACCAGUCCACGCAUUCCAGAGAGAUGCUAUGAAGCCCCAGUGCCAGACUACCCUCCCAAUAACAGAGUCACUGUCAAGGAUGCCAUGAGAAAUCUCAGUGUGGGCCAAGGACCUACAGAGGUGAGAAAAGAAGGACUGGAAACGCAGAUCAACCGCCUGGCAGACCUGAUCGGACGGCUCGAGAACAAGACAGUCUGGUUUGACCUGCAUCAGCGGCUAACAGACACUGAUGGUACCGCUAGCGCAUCCCUCUAUCUGAUCCGCCAAGAGAUGACAGUAUCCCAGAAGCAACUAGGGGAAUUCUGUGAGGCCCUGAAACAGUAUCUGAAGAACGUCUCUGCCCAGAGAGACUGUUUUCAUGUGACCGCGGUGCGGCUUCCCGACGGCCUCUCCUUCGUCGUGUAUGAGUUCUGGGAUGGGCAAGAGGAGUGGAAAAGACACCUCCAGAGUGCAGCCUGCAAGGCAUUCCAGCAUGUGAAAGUGGACACGCUAAGCCAGCCUGAGAGUGUGUCCAGCGUGGCUGUACCAGCCGCCUGGUGCAGCCUUAGUAGAGACUGACUGGAACAGAGCCGGACUGCGGGUGGAAGGGCUCCGCCUUACGCCUGAGCAACCCCUGCCCUGCUUUUCUCCUCUUCAUCCAUGCGUCGUUCUCUCACCCCUAUAGAUUUCCAAUGAUCUUUACACAUUGCAUCUUUUUACCUCUCUCCCUACAUCCAUGCUGUCUCCCCUCGCUCUUGUAACUUACUUGUUUACAUGGUGUUGGUUUGACUGCAAAGAAUGUGGGACACAGUGCCGAUCUCUUCUUUAACUCCAAUAUGGUCCCAUAUAGCUCCUAACAUAUGGACACAGUACUCUUAGGGAUGGGGAAAACAGUGGCACUAACAGACACGCGUCUGCAAGUACAAUAAGAGUCCGUCACCACCCAAAAGAAGCCGAUUAAUUUUUCAUCCCUGUUUAGUAACUACAAUAAACACAAAUGUAUUUACUGUGUUGAAAAUACUGGGCAUAAGAUCGUCAACAGAUAUCGCAGCAGAGUAGCAUUGUGCCAGCAGAGGCUUUUAACAGCCUGCGAUAGCUCAAAUGCCCAGAUGCAGUACAACCAAUAGCCACUUAUGCAUCCAGUGAGUGUGCACAGUUGAAGACUUUGUCCAAAAGCAUGUCCAUGAAGGGAUGUUGUGUAAUGAAUGUUUACGUAAAUGAGGUUUACAGAGUAUUAAAAAAAAACAAAAAACUGAAAUGUUGAGAAAAUUAUGUUAAAUUAUUUUAUCUUAAAAUACUAAUAUAUGGAUUAUUUAUUGAUAGUAAAAACAUACAUCAUUGAACAUGUACAUUAUGUGAAAUCACGCCAUGUCCAGUUCAUAUAAAUUUUCAUUUUGCAUUAUGUAACCCAGACUUUUCACAAACUUACAAUAGAAAUGGACUGUUAAUUCCUGAUUGCAGAAGCCCAAACUGCCUUGUGACUAAUUAAGAGUAUAGGAUUAAUGGGUUUGUGAACAGAAAAUAGAGGAAUUCCUUGUGGACUCCUGUAUGAACUUUAAAACCCAGGUGAUGAAAACCUCCCCCCAUAUUCUCCAUAACAUUCUUAGCUGUCUGCUUCCCUAGACAACAUGGCAUCUCCCACCUUAUCCCUCAAGUGAGUGCACGUUGCGAUUAAUGUCCAGUAACUUAUUUGCUGUAGUAGUUAGAUAUGCUACUUUCAAUGGAUUUUGUGCAUUUCUUAAUUUCUUUUAUAUGGCUCCAAUAGAGAACAAAUAAAACUAAUAAUUACCAGACAAGAAUAAGAGCUCAAGUAUGACAUCACCUUGUUCAAUGAAAAAUUAAUACUUUUACUUACAUAUGUUUCCGUAAACUGGCUUUCUCUCUUAAAGGUGAGUGUAGAGACUUAUUGCAGGGAUGCAAAUAUAUUCAUCUUCACUUUGAUCUAGAUCAUGUAGAGUGAUGCAGUUCAAUAAAUUAAAGUUCUAAAGUGGA